AUGUUGGAAAAUGACAACCUCUUCUCGUCGACUCACGAAACGAGCAGUGUUGGCAAUCGCAGUGACAACAGGAGCCUUUAUGACACCAGCGUCGGCACGCGGAGUGACACCAAUGGCAGUGUCGGAAAUCGGAGCCUCUAUGACACCAAUGGCAGUGUCGGAAAUCGGAGCCUCUAUGACACGAAUGACAGUGUCGGAAAUCGGAGCCUCUAUGACACGAAUGACAGUGUCGGAAACCGGAGCCUCUGUGACACGAAUGACAGCACGGCGGUGGCGGUUGACAGCAGCGUUGGCAGUCUGAGUGACAGUAGUCAGAGCACUUUAGGAAGAAGUAGCAGCUCGGAUUCGGAAUUUCGGAUUUCGGAUUCAAAGCGGUUCGGUGGUGCGGAUAAGAGACUGGAAGGACUGGAAAUCGAGCUGAGAAAAUACGCCGCGGAUUCGAGCGUGUUCGACGGUGCGGAUUCGAGCGUGUUCGAUGGUGCGGAUAAGAGCGUGUUCGAAGGUGCGGAUAAGAGCGUGUUCGAAGGUGCGGAUUCGAGCGUUUUCGAUGGUGCGGAUAAGAUUUCGAGCGUCUUCGAAGGUGCGGAUAGUCCAAAAUGGGGAUUCGAAGCCCCGGACUUCGAUCCGAAGCGCCUCAGUGAUUCGGAGGCAGGAUUCGGUGCUUCGGAGAGUGAUUCGAAAAGAUUCGGUGCUUCAGAAACCAGUUCGAAAAGAUUCGGAGCUUCAGAAAGGGAUUCGAAAAGAUAUGGAACUUCAGAGAGGGAGUCGAAAAGAUUCGAAGCUUCAGAAAGUGAUUCGAAAAGAUAUGGAACUUCAGAGAGUGAUUCGAAAAGAUUCGGUGCUUCAGAAAGUGAUUCGAAAAGAUUCGGUGCUUCAGAAAGUGAUUCGAAAAGAUUUGGAACUUCAGAGAGUGAUUCGAAAAGAUUCGGUGCUUCAGAAAGUGAUUCGAAAAGAUUCGAAGCUUCAGAAAGUGAUUCGAGAAGAUUCGGUUCUUCAGAAACCAGUUCGAAAAGAUUCGGUGCUCCGGAAAAGCCUUCUCGGAGAUUCGAACCUCUAGAAACCGGCUUAGAAACCACUCCUAGAAAACGCAGUCCUCCAAUAAAACCCACGAGGAGAUUCGACUCGCUAGAAACCGCUCGCGCAAGACCCGAACAGAUAGAAACCGCUCUAGAAACCAGCUCCAGAAAACACGAGACCUUAGAAACCUCCUCCAGAAAACACGAAACUUUAGAAACCUCCUCCAGAAAACACGAAACUUUAGAAACCUCCUCCAGAAAACACGAACCCUUAGAAACCAGCUCCAGAAAACACGAACCCUUAGAAACCAGCUCCAGAAAACACGAGACCUUAGAAACCUCCUCCAGAAAACACGAACCCUUAGAAACCGCCCCCAGAAGCUUCGAACCCCUAGAAACCGCCUCCAGAAGCUUCGAACCCCUUGAAACCGCCUCCAGGCAUUUCGAAACCGCCUCGGACGUCGCGUUUUCUAACCAGGGCGAAACCACGACCCUCGAGGACGUCCUCGAUUCUCUCCUAGCUCUACCUUCAGCCUCGAGAUCGCCCAGCCCGGAGGGACCCUCGUGGUUGGAAACAAACUUUGGAAGUUAA